AUGGCGGCUGUUGUUGUCAUUACCGUUCUGUUGACGUUAUUCUCUACGAUUCAUAGUAUUCAUUUCAACGGUGGAACGAUAACUUGGGCACCAGUGAAUCCAUAUGAUAAUUCGAGCUCUGUUGUUAUUACAAUUACACAAUCCUAUUCAUGGAGUUAUCCAACUAUAACCUGCACAACGAAUGUACCGAUCAGUACAAGUGGGCGUAGUGGAUCUAAUGAUAAUUUAACUUGUGUUGUGGAUUGCUCAACAGAUGGCGGUUAUUCGGCUCAUCCAAUUGAUAUUCUAACUGAUUGUACAUCGUCGAGUGCGUCGUUGGGUAUGAUGACCAGUCAACGCUCAGUCAAUAUAACACUACUGGCAAACGCGUCUUUCUCUGUUGCUUAUCAAGGGUCAGCUUGGCGUGCUUUGAAUUAUCCAGCUGUGGGUGGUCUUGAUUGGUCAAUUUUAUGCGCAAUCGAUUUAAGACCACGACCUGAUGGUAGUAUUAAUACACCGCCUGUAACGACUAUUGUUUCUCCGCAAUACGUUAUCGUCAAUCAAACAACACUUAUCAAUAUUCCUGUGUCGGAUGCUAACGCCGGUGAUGAUGUACGCUGUCGUUGGUCAACUUUUACACAAGGAUAUCGUAAGAAACGAUCUUAUGAGUAUGGCGAAACAAAUAUUCACCGUUCCGCACAUGACGUAUACGAAAAUCUCGACUAUAGUGAGAGAGACUAUAUUCUUCACAGAGUGAAAAGGGUGCCUGCAGGACCUACAGCUGGUACAACACCUGCAGGACCUACAGCUGGUACAACACCUGCAGGACCUACAGCUGGUACAACACCUGCAGGACCUACAGCUGGUACAACACCUGCAGGACCUACAGCUGGUACAACCCCUACGGCACCUACAGCUGGUACAAUACCUACGAUACCUACAGCUGGUACAAUAAAUACCGGUUCUGUAACUACUGUACAAACAGUAACAUCAGACUCAAGUACUAGCGAAACAGCUGGAACUAAAAAAUCAACCUCGUCAUUUCCCACUCGUCAAGCAGUUGAUGAAUGUGGUGGAAUCUGUCAUCCAUCGAGUACACCGAAUGGUACGACUCUUUCGAAUUGUACACUUAGUUUUACAGGACUUGUCGCUGGUGCUUGGUACGGAGUCUCUGUUCAAAUUGAAGAUUUUAUUAACUCAACAAGCAACCAGUCAAUGAGUUCAGUACCGGUUCAAUUUUUAAUUUAUGUCCUUCCAACACCAACAUGUUCAUUUUUACCCACGUUUAGUCCUUUAGCGGAUUGUCUUGAUGUGCAAGUAAACGUUACUGUCACUUUCAAGUUAAAUGUUAAUAAUUCAUGCAAUCCAGACGAUUCAAAUAUAACCGAUGUUGUUACAACGAAGUCCAUUUCAGGUAUGACAGUAGGCCCAUUAGUUUCGUCACCUAAUGGUCGAUAUGUCUAUGUCACUCUCACCUGGACACCACAAUCGAGCCAGAUGGGACUCCAAGAACUUUGUGUCACUGCUUUCACCAGUGAACGAGUUCAAUCCGAUGAAUACUGCGUCACAUUCAAUGUUCAAACAGGACCUGCUUGUACCACAACGACUUCAACAUCGUCAUCAACUACUACAACAACAAAAACAACAUCUACAAGUGAAACAACUACAACACCUGAACCGACUACUACAACGACUGAAACAACAUCUACAAGUGAAACAACUACAACACCUGAACCGACUACCACAACGACUGAAACAACGUCUACAAGUGAAACAACUUCAACAUCGGUAACAACGACGACCACGGCAACGUCAACUUCGACGACUACAACAACCGUCACAACAGCUACAACAACAAAGAAAGCUUCAGGCCAAAAUAUCGACUGGGCAUUGAUCGUAGGGUUAUCUUUGCUAGCUCUUCUGUUGAGUAUAUGCUGCUGCUGUUGCCUAUACUGUUGGAUGUGGGGCGCCUGUGCAAGACGGCGUAGACGAAAACGAUCAAAUCAGAAAGAAGAACGAACGAUGCAGCAUUUACUAUUGAACAAUUCGUCGACUUCGUUUAAUUCAUUCCGUCUAUCCAGCAAUACGAAUUCGAAUCGAAUAUCAUUGGAUAGAAUUUCAUCUACGGAAAAAGAUAUCGACGAAACUCAACUUAAUAAUACAGUGGCAAAGAGAACUUCCGACAUAGAAGGGCCGCUUAAAAAUGGCCGACGGUCGUCGGUUACUGUGACUAAAGUGAAGAAAGACAUAUCUGCCCCACAAAAUAAACCACCAACAAGCACAUCAGCUAAUACAAAACCAAAUAAUGAUCAACCACGACGAUCAAACACUGGUUUGGUCCAUGUUACUAAAGUGAUCAGACCAACACCAAUAUCAACAAAAGUCUCGAUGGAUACGGCGACACUAUCAGCGCGUCACAACACGAAUGUGGAUAAAAAUGUUACGGUAACUAAGUUACCUAGAGCAUCAACUCAAACAUCGUGA